AUGGCUGAGACUCACCACUUUCAUGCCCACAAGCUCUUCAGCAUGGACGGCAAAGUUGCUGUUGUCACUGGAGGCGGCUCUGGCAUUGGUCUGAUGAUGACCCAGGCACUUGCUGCCAACGAUCUCGAGAAGCUCGAGACUGCCAGCAAGGAGCACGUGCCCGAGAACGGACAGAUCAUCCCGUAUUNNAUUGGAAACAUCGAUGUCACCAAGAAGGCCGAUCUUGAGAAGCUGGUCAAGCAGAUUGAAGAGAAGGAGAAGUGCAUUCACCUGCNNUUGGUAGUUGCCAACGCUGGUGUUCCUGGUCCCAAGGCCGAACCCGACAAGGAGGACGCUGGAGAGCUCAAGGACAAGCUGUGGCAGGGUGAAUCUGUCGAGGAGUGGAACGACACAUACUCGACCGACGUCACCUCAGUCUACUUUACCACUGUCGCCUUCCUGCCUCUGCUGCAAGCCGCUGUUGAGCCCCAGGGUCCUGGAGAGAAGUUCAGCUCUUCCGUAAUCACCACUUCUUCGAUGAGUGGUAUCAUGCGUCACGCUCAGGGCCACUUUGCUUACAACACUGCCAAGGGCGCAACUGUUCACCUGACCAAGCUGAUGUCGGCCGAGUUCAUGAAGGUCGGCGUUAGAGUCAACAGCAUUGCUCCCGGCUACUUCCCCAGCGAAAUGACGGCCAAGAGCUCCGACGACAGACAGAAGAGCGACCUGCCCGCCGAGAAGGUCGCCGACAAGGGCCACGUGCCUCAGAUGCGCGGCGGGCGCGAUGAGGAGAUGGGCAUGCUGGCACUCUUGCUAGCCAAGAACACAUACGUGANNAUCAACGGAGAAGUGAUCGCGAUUGAUGGCGGAGUGCUCAAUACGCUCGCUGGUCGCUAA